AUGAAGCUCACGACCGAGACUGUGCUUCUCGGCGCCCUUUUUGCAGGGCAGGCCGCCGGCGGCUUAGUGCCGAGCCCAUUGACGGGCAAGCAGCACUACCACGAGAACUCGACCUUUUCCAAGCUCUUUGCGGCGCCGCCCAUUGCCACCGGCGAGCUCGACCGCGCGGGAUGGAAGGUGACGUGCGACAGCUUCGAGCCGGGCAACGAGUGCAUCAAGGCGAUUGACGGCAACAACGACACGUUUUGGCACACCAAGUUUGAGGGCUCCAACGUGCCGCACCAGAUCGUGGUGGACUUUGGGUCGAUGCACAACAUCAACGGCAUCUCGGCGCUGCCGCGGCAGGACGGCAACAACCACGGCUACAUUGCGCAGCACGACGUGGCCGUCAGCACCGACGGGAGCAACUGGGAGACGGUGGCGGCGGGCACAUGGUACGGCGGCGACAAGUUGCUCAAGUACGCCAACUUUGAGACGCGGACGGCGCGCUACGUGCGCCUGCGGGCGACGAGCGAGGUGAGCGGCGCGCCGUGGACGAGCGUGGCCGAGCUCAAGGCGUACGCGGCCAAGUCGGGCCCGGCGGCGUACGGCGGCGUGGGCAAAUGGGGCGCGACCAUUGACUUUCCCACGGUGCCGGUGGCGGCGGCGGUCGACCCCGUGUCGGGCAAGGUGCUCGUGUGGUCGUCGUACACGUACGACAACUACCUGGGGUCGACGCAGGACCGCGUCUUCACCUCGCUCUGGGACCCGGCGACGGGCGCGGUGACGCCCAAGCUGGUCGACGACACGGACCACGACAUGUUCUGCCCGGGCAUCUCCAUCGACGGCACGGGCCAGAUGGUGGUGACGGGCGGCAACUCGGCGUCCAAGACGACGCUGUACGACUUCGCCAGCGGCGCCUGGCUGCCGGGCCCGGACAUGACGGUGGCGCGGGGCUACCAGGCGUCGGCGACCCUGUCCGACGGCCGCGUCUUCACCAUCGGCGGCUGCUGGAGCGGCGGCUGGUUCGACAAGAACGGCGAGGUCUACGACCCGCGCGCCCGCGCCUGGUCCGGCCUGCCCGGCGCCCUGGUGCGGCCCAUGCUGACCGCCGACGCCCAGGGCAUCUUCCGCGCCGACAACCACGCCUGGCUGUUCGGCUGGCGCAACGGCAGCGUCUUCCAGGCCGGGCCCAGCACCGCCAUGCACUGGUACUACACCGCCGGCAACGGCAGCGUCGCCCCCGCCGGCGACCGCCGCUCCGACCGCGGCACCGACCCCGACGCCAUGAACGGCAACGCCGUCAUGUUCGACGCCCGCGCCGGCCGCAUCCUCUCCUUUGGCGGCUCGCCCUCCUACCAGAACAGCCAGGCCUCCGCCGCCGCGCACCUCAUCACCAUCGGGGACCCCGGCAAGCCCGCCGACGUGCGCUUCGCCUCCAACGGCCUCUGGAGCCCGCGCGCCUUCCACACCUCCGCCGUCCUGCCCGACGGCACCGUCUUCAUCACCGGCGGCCAGAGCUACGCCGUGCCCUUCUCCGACGAGACGCCCCAGCUGACCCCCGAGCUGUACGACCCGGUCGCCGACGCCUUCUACAAGCAGCAGCCCAACUCCAUCGUCCGCGUCUACCACAGCGUCGCCCUCCUGCUGCCCGACGCCACUGUGCUCAGCGCCGGCGGCGGCCUCUGCGGCGACUGCAACACCAACCACUUUGACGGCCAGGUCUUCACGCCGCAGUACCUGCUCACCAAGGACGGCCAGCCCGCCGUCCGCCCCGUCAUCCGCUCCGCGACCCUGUCCGGCCGCACCGUCACCAUCGAGACCGACUCGUCCGUCGCGUCCGCCUCGCUCAUCCGCUUCGGCACCGCCACGCACACCGUCAACACGGACCAGCGCCGCGUGCCGCUGACCUUGGUUCGCGCCGGCGAUAAUCGCUACACUGCCGAGGUGCCUGCCGACACGGGCGUCGUCCUGCCCGGCUACUAUAUGCUGUUUGUCAUGAACGACAAGGGCGUGCCGAGCGUUUCCAAGACGCUCAACUUUUUGGUGUGA